AUGGAUGUAAAAAAUGCCUUCCGUAAUGGUGAUCUUCUUGAGGAAGUCUACAUGCAACCUCCCCAUGGGUUUGCUUAUCCGGCUAAUAAGGUUUGCAAACUACAGCGUGCUCUUUAUGGUGAUGAUAUGGUUGAUAUUCUUAGCCUCAAACAAUUUCUCAAUCGUCAGUUUGAGAUGAAAGACCAUGGUACUCUUAAUUAUUUCUUAGGGCUUGAAAUCUCUCAUGAUUCCGAUGAUCACUAUUUGUCACAAGCCAAAUAUGCAUCCGAUCUUCUAGCACGUGUUGGUUUUACCGAUUACAAAACUACCUCUACUCCCGUUGAUCCUCAAACUCGUCUCACUUCUCUAGAUGAGGAUCUUCUCUCUGAUGCUACUCUUUAUCACCAGUUGGUCGGUAGUCUUGUCUAUCUCACCGUGACUCAUCCUGACAUUGCUUAUGUUGUCCAUCUUGUUAGUCAGUACAUGUCGGCUCCCUGCACUCCGCAUUACACUGCUCCACUUCGCAUACUUCGCUACCUUAAAGGCACUAUGUUCCAUGGACUCCACUACUCUGCUUACUCUUCUCUCGAGCUUCGUGCCUUUUCUGAUGCUAAUUGGGCUGGGAAUCCUACUGAUCGAUGCUUCACCACGGGUUUCUGUUUCUUCUUAUGA